UACUUUUAAAUAACGUUCCAAAGUUGCGGUAUCGAAAUACCGUCCCAUCCCUAAAUAGAAUUAUUUCGAAUCAAACUUUUCGGUGUUAUAGGCGAAAAACUAUUUUUAGAUCACCCCAUUUGAAAAGCUGUAUCUCUCUAGGGUUUAGGGUUACAUUUUCGGACUGAUAACAUUUUUUUUAAUGUUUUUUUGAAAUUUCAACCCCUAAUUUAUAAACAUUCUGUAUAUGGAUUGAUAAGAUAACUUUCUUGUUCAUCUGUUUGUUCUAUAAAUUAUAAUGGUCUUAUUCUUCUAGAAAAUAAUCAAGGAACUGUCAAUAUAUAAAUAUAAACAAUCACAAAGGUUAAUCGUCAGAAAUCAGCUGAUUAGGAAUAACAUUACGUCUACCAAGUUGUACGAUGAUUGCAAUAAAUAUAUUAUUCAUUGUAUGAAAUGUGAGUUGUGAUUAUCAAUGUUUUGUGCUUUUAAUUUUCAAACUUUCUUCAUUUUGUUAUGUGCCUAAUUUAAAUAUGGAAGAUUCCGUUUCAAUAAUCAAGGAGUUAGACUUGUUGAUAUCUGAUGAAGAGGAAAAGAAAUUUGAAGGACGUAAUGUUUACAAAUUUAUAGCAUGUUGGAAAAUAUCUCAAGAACGUGAGCAAGCAAUUGGAUUCCUCAAAAUUGUUAUGCCAAAGAUUCAGUUUUUAAUUGAAAAAGGGCUGCUCAGAAGGGAUCUUAUUUUUUUGUCAAUUUUGGCAACACAAAAUUUCAAUUUUCUGGAAAAGUUGUUGAAAUAUGAGAAAGAAUGUUUCUCCUUGAAUGUAGAUCACUAUUCCUCUUUGUAUACCUAUUGUAUUUUCAAAAAGGAACAUUGGAUAUCAGCAGUAGAAAAAAAUUUUCGUCCUUCAUUCGAGACAAGAGUAUUCAGUGACAAUAUUUCCAAAAAAUUGAUAGUAUUAAAAUGUUUGAAUUCUACAAUAAACAAAUUCAAUUUGAACAAAAUUGUGUCUGCUCUGAAGGACUAUGAAGAAUUCCAUGGUAAUGAUGAUACCUUAGAUCAUCUUGUAUUUGAACUGAAAAAAUGCUUGGAUAUAAUUAUAUUCUGUAGGAGUAUUAGGGGUGAUGUGGAUGAAAAAGAAGUUUACAAUGUGAUGUGUGCAAAAAACAUGGUGGAGACUCUCUCUAUAUUCAUACCUUUGGAAAAAACUGAAAAUUGGCUGUCUAUUGCUCAAAAAUUAAAGAAAUAUGAUGAAAGCUACUACAAUACAUGUCCAGAUUCACUGAAAAAAUCUGAAGUGUUCAAACUAUUUACGAUACUAGCAACUGUUUUUAAUAUAGAAAAAAUUUAUAGGACAGAACCUCUAAGCAUGACCAAAAUUUUGGAUGAUUUAAAAAAUAAAUUACUUAAGAUAGAUAAUCCACCUCUAAUUCUUGAGUUACUAGAAGAUAUAUUUGCCAUAUUGUUUCUGUCUGAGAAACAUUUAGAUGAAAGUAAACCAGAUGUAUUCAAAAAUAAUGAAGCUGUGAUAAGAUCCAUUUUGUAUAUAAUUAAAGAAGUUAUUGGAGUGCUGAAAUUGAAAGGUGUUUAUAAAAACACCGAAAACUGUGAAAGAUUCACUACUUUGUGUAGAUAUGUUCACGAUACUUGCUGGAGGUUAGAAAUCGUAUCUACUCUCAAAACAAAUUCAAUAAAUAAUUCAGAAAAGAUUUUGCAUUAUAUGUUGGCAUCCCCAAUGUCUCUGUUGUCCAUGUGUUUGAGACAAGGAGGUUUUUCCCAAGCACAUGAAGUUGUUGAGAUAUUCGAUAUGAAUGAUGAUGAGGCAGCGAAAGAGUUAACAAACACUGAAAAUCUUCGCAAAUUGAGAUUAGAAUCGAGGAAACUAUGCCGAAUUCAGAAAAUUAAGGAGUCAUCCAAUUUCUCAUCCCCGGUGAUCGAAACCGAAUCUCUUGAAAAUUUCAAAAAUAGAGCCUUAAGAGAUUUGAAUUCUUGUAUAAGGAAAAAGUUUCAAAAAAUCGCCGAAGAUGCAGAAUGCCCUAGUCACUUGUGCCAUUAUAAAUUGAAAAACGAAACAUUUAUGAACAUCAUAGACUUCAUGUGUACAGAAUCUUCUGACUUGGAUCUAAAUAAUAUUUUAUUGCGAAUGACCUCUGAGAAUAAUACUUUAUGCGAUCAUUCAACUUCUUCAUUUUCGAUAUUUUGUGAAAAGCUUAUUGCAACAGCUGAAUAUCUGAUUCCAGUUAAAAAAAUCUCAAUUCGCGAUAUAAUUUUAUCUGCUGGGAUUCCUUUCGAUGUUACCGAAUAUUCAGUGAAUGAAAAAUUCAAUGAUGAGCUCAACCUUUUGUAUGACGAAAUGAGAAGUCAACUAAUACGAAAUGAAGAAGGAAUCUUCAAUAAUAACCAUUUAGCUCACAAAACGUACAAUAAGAUAGAUUCUCUUUUUAAGCCUUCUCCAGAUGAAUGUAGCAAUAAUAUAAAUUACUUGAAAAGGUUAUUCAAUUACUUGAAGGCUUUUUCUAAAGUGUUAUAUAUUGAACAAGAUACAUCCGAUAUAAUUGCCCAAGGUAAAAACACAUCAUUUUUUGAAUUAUUGGACUAUAACAGAUCUGAAUUGAUGGGACAGUUAUUAUUUGAGAAAAAUCUCGAUCCAACGGACUUCGAAAUAUAUUUUUCCAAAAUGGAGUUAGAUUUUCUUUACCAUCUCAUAGGAAAUUGCUUUCCCACAAUAAACCUUCACAGUGAAGAAUUUGUGGAAGAGGAAGAACUCUUUCCGGAAAAUAAUUUAUACCUUCCCACAAAAAACAUAAUUCUUUAUAUCAUGAGGAGAAAUUGGCUCUUAGCUUUAAUCUUGGAGGAAAUGUAUCAAGUACCCAAUGUCAAAAUGAAUAUCAAUGAUGCAAGAAUAAAUGCCUUCUUGAACUACAGAAAUCUAGAUGAAAUACAAAAUUUGAAAUGUAUAUUUGAUAAUAAUGAAAUAGCAACGUCUCUCCAGCGAGAAAUAUCUUAUAGGAAGGUCAAAAAAUAUAUUGAAGAAAAACUGCAGAGUAGAUGCAGUAAUACUCCUCCCCAAUGUGAUUCAGAGGUAGAAAUGUUGGAGGCAGCUGAAGAACUUACUGAGGAAUCAUCUGCUAAAACUGAGUGGAAUAAAAUGUUAGAAAUUCUACUGGCUAUCCCAGAGAUACAAAAAAGAAAAAAUAGUGAGAUUCAAGAUUUCCAAGAUAAUAUUGUUUGCAAGUACAUCAAUGAUCAUUUUGAAGAGGAAAGUUUCAAAAAGAUAUAUUAUAUACACAAUAGGUCGAAGAGGCUGGAAACAAUUCUGAGGAACCUGGAGAGUUGGCCUUAUGAUUUUUGCCUUGAAGUGAUAAAGUCAGAAGUCAAUUGUUUCACCCCGCCGGAUGGAUCUUUGGUGAAUCAGCUGCAGACUUGGCAACAAAAAAUUGGUUUAUAUGGUGCGCUAUCUGAUAUUUUCAAUUUUGGAUGUUGGAGUGACUGUGGACAAAUUAUUCUCAAUGAUAUCCAGGGUGCUUUCAAUAAAUUAGCAGAAUUUCAUAAGGUUUCACAAAUGCUAAUAUUGAUCCAAAUGCACAAACCAUCUGGAGAAAUAUUGAGGAGUAUCAAUGAGGACUUUUUCUUGGUCGCCUUCGAGAAAGGAUGUAAUUUGGCGGAACUCAAUAAUUUACUUGAAGCCCUUCCUUCGGACCAUUCUGUGGAUAUUUGUAACAAACUCUUGAAACGGACUCCAAAUCUCGAUUAUCUCCACUUCAUAGUUGAUUUUUUGAAGCGUAAAACAAAGCAAAACAACAUCAAAACGUUACAGUUGAGCAUAAAGAUAUUCUCGAAAUUUCCAGAAAGUCAACGAGAUCAGUUUGUUCAUUUAAUUAAUAAUCCACUGGAUAUUAUCGAAAUGCUUAUCAUGAAUACAAAGUUCGAGGAGUUGGACGUAGUUUUAGAUUUAUUAAAACAACAUGAGGAAGAAGAUUCUUUUUCUUCGGAGAUAGAUGGAAUAUUGAGACACUACGCGGAAAAAAGUUUGGACUUCCACGUUAUUACCGAGUCCAAUCCACAAACGUCAAACACCGCAGAUUUCAAUCUAAUGGAAUCUUUAGAUUCCAAUUACUCGAGAAAAACGUCUUCGUUUAGUUCUCCUGAAGUGGUCAAAGAUCAAUGGGUGAAGGAUAAUCAAGUUUUAGAAUGCAUGUGCUGCAAAAAUGUCAAUUUUUCAAUUCUAAAUAGAAGGCAUCAUUGUCGAAAAUGCGGUAGAUUGGUCUGUUACAAAUGUUCUACCAAAAGGACGAAAAUUGCAUCUUAUGGUGACAUUUUAGUCAGAGUAUGCGAUGAUUGCUACAGACAGGUGAAUGUAGGUAGUACUUUGACAGAAAAAAGUGAGACUACUUCCACCAAGUCAAACCUGAACUAUAUGUGGUCUUUGACCGACGAUGAAGCGCAUAAUAAGAUUGUACGUAAUGAGUUUGCCUACGAGUAUACACCUAGUGUUUCCUUAUGUUUGUCAAUACUCAAAUUUCAUUCUAAAAACGAGGAAUACCCGAAAUUUCUCCUGAACCAUUCGAACAACCUGCUGAAUAUGUUUCCCCCUUUCAAAAAAUUUAUGCCUGAUAUUGACUAUCUACUCAUCAUAAGAAUGCUCAAAUCUUUAGUAACGGUCGCUAAAAUGAUGUCACAAGAGUAUUCUCUCAUCCACAACAUGUCUUUAGCCGAUAGUCUGUUAAAUCAAGUGAAUUUGCUUGAACUGUUCUCUGAACGAGGUUGCUUGAAUCUUCUGCCAGUCGCAACAGAUACAUUUACUCCCAGAAUUGACACUUUUACUCUUCGAAAGUUCAGGGAUAACUUGUUGGAAAUGGAGGAAUGGAAUUUGGCGUUAGAAGUGUCAACAAAAGCCGGCUUGGAUCAAACGAGUGUAUUUGCAGCCUGGGGGAAGAAACUCUUGAAAGCGGGUUGUUUGACGAAAGCACGAGAAAAAAUUCAACGCUGUUUCAACAGCAACAGACGUUUUGACUCACGACGCGAAAGCUUUUCUGAAAACGAUGAAGAAAUGAGUGCUAGAGGUUCGAAUUUCUAUUUGAAUAAAUCCUUUGGCGAAGUCAACGAAAAGAAACCUCUGACAAACUCCCCACUCUUAAAUGAGAUAAUCAAUAUUUUAGAAUGUAAAUCUGCCGUUAUUGAUAAAAAUAUUGUAGACGAAGUCAGUAUGGCAAAUUUAUCAGCAUCCAAAGUCAUGAAUCAAAGUUAUCUGAUUCAAAAGGAUCCGGCUGUUAGUAUUUUGAACAAGUUGAGGAAUCUGGAUUAUAUUGCUUCUGGAAAAUAUUAUUUUCCUACCGAUAGAAAAGUACAAAUUAGUUAUGCAACAAAUAGGCCAAUUGUGGAUACGGUCUUCUAUAACGAAUGUAUUUUUUAUUUGAGUCGUUAUGGCAGCCAUCAAAGUCUUCUGGAUUUCUAUAUAAGACACGGAGAACUGGAUCAGGCGCUUCAGUAUAUUCUUGGAAACAAUAUGGGUAGCGAUGUUUUCAUCGAAAUUUAUAUGAACUGUUUGAAGGAUGGCUUGGUGAAUGUUUUGCAGGAAAACAUCGCCAAGAUUGAUUCAACUUUAGAUGUGUGGAAGCAUUAUCUCCACCAACUUUGUCGACAUUUAGAGCAACAAAAAUUUCUUAACUCGCUUUACCAACUGCAACUUUUCAUGGGAGACUUUAUGAGAGCUGCUAUCACUUGCAUACGAUUUUAUCAAGAGGACACUAAAAAUUUCAGUGAUCUAGCUCGAAAAAAUAAAUUUUUACAUAAGGCAGAGGAACAUAUAAAACAAAUGCACGAGCAAGAUGAAUGGAUAGAGGUUACAUCUGUAUCUAAACACAACACGAAUACUUUGGACGUUUAUGAAGAAAAGCUAUUAGCUAACCCUUCCAUUGUAAUGAAACCAAACUAUAAGAAUAGUAUGAUGUAUUUAAACAUUAUUUGGAGUCAAAAUGAAGUGGCUAGCUUUCUAGCCGAUUGUGAAGCUGCUGGUAUGGAUCCAAUUAACAUUUUAUCAACUAUUCUUCCUGAUGAUAAUGAUUCAGAAUCCAACAAAAGCAUACCUACCCUUUUUGGGAGCUACAUGGAUAAGAUACGUUUAGCAAUAUUAAUACUUGUGACUUCUGAUGACAUACAGUUUGGUUUUAAGAUUGUUGCAAGGUUGCUCACUGAAUUCAAACUUCGACCAGGAACUGUUUUCAGUCAGACUGGAAAACAUCUGGCAAAAAUGAAGAAAUAUGAGGAACUUAAAGAACUAGUCAAUUGCAUCAAAACAAAUUUGAGUGGAGAUAAGCCAACUUGUGAAAUAUGCGAUGAAAUGUUAACAGUUGCAGUUGCUACAAUGAGCAAGGAAAAAGCACCAAUUUCGAAUAUAGAAGAUUUGAUCAAAUUGAUAACUGAUAAGGCUUCCAAGAUAUCGGCAUUUAUAGAAGCCAAACAAUUGAAGACUGCCUACUUUCUUGCCAUGCGCUCUAAACGAAUUUCUGAUAUUAGAAGGAUUCUGAGAGAAGCAGAACUGAAUAAUCAGCCUAAUAUAAAAGCGCUAUGUUUAAAAGUGUUUCAAGGAAACAAUACCGGGUAAUAUAUAUGCGUAAUUCUGUCCAGCAAAAUAAAUUCCUCUAUUUAUCGAAUAUAAUAGUUUACUUAUUAUGAAUAAUUUUGGGGCGUACCUCACUGAUAAUUUUGAUAGCCUAUGUGUUUUAGUGAUUUUUGUGCAUUAAAUAAAGUUGUUUUAUAGA